AACACAGAAUCCCCAGACAUUCCACACAAUCGGCAUGUUCUGCAGAGAGAGGAAUAUAAUAAUUUCUAGCAGAGCCUCUGUGUACUUUAGGGAAUCCUACAGCCGAGGAAUCAGCCAUGAGAGCCGACAUGAUAGCAGUUCUUCUUAUACAAAUGGACCUGAUCAGUGCAAAAAUAAAUAUUCAGCUAAAUCCUGAGUAUCCAAUAGCCAAACAAUCUGUCAUGUUGAGUGUUACUGGGAUUACUGGAAACAUCUGGUUUUUCACCUGGUUUAAAGGACCAGAAGCAACCUCUCAGUAUCAAAUCCUUUCAUAUGUGGAUGGUUCAUCAAUACACGGGACACAGUACUUCCCACGUAUCAGUGCUUUUUCUAAUGGAUCAUUAAUGAUUAAAGAUCUUCAUGUUGAGGAUAAAGGUGAUUACAGAGUGAAGGUACAGACAGCGACGCAAGAAGAUGCAGAGAUAUUCUUACAAAUAUAUGAAACUGUCAGUAAGCCGGUGAUCACAGCAUCUCAUACUGAAAUCCAAGAAAAUGAUUUGGUUUCCCUUAAAUGUGCCUCAGCCAAUGCGGACAGGAUCACGUGGAUAAAAUCAAGCUCAGAAACAAUAAGUGAAGAAAACGCAGUCACUGUAAAUCAUGAUAAUGGGACGAUCAUAUUCUCUGAAAUUAAACACACUGACGAGGGAAAAUAUACAUGCUGGGCGGACAAUCUAGUCAGCAGAAGCUCUAGUGAAGUCUAUACUCUGACCAUAUCACGUAAAGAAGAUGAACCAGUCAUUUGGCAACAAUAUGGAUUCACCUCUGCAUCACCGUAUAUUACUGCAGUCUCCAAACAUGCAAAUUUUAAUGAACCAGCACCUUAUAAAAGUGCAGGAAUUACAGCAGGCAUUAUAUCUGGUUCAAUCCUAGGAAUUAUACUAAUUAUUACUGUUGGAUUUCUUCUCUACAAGAGAUAUGGCCUUCAUGGUAGAAAGCAGAUGAUGGAACCACCAAUAGAUGGACUACUAGACCCAUAUGCCAUAUACAACAAUAUACUGGAACCACCAACAGGUCUGGAGACAAAAGAUGAACCCUUGUACAUGGGUCCGGAGCCAAACGAUGAACCAUUGUAUAUGUGUCUUCAAUCCAGUUCAGAAGGGACAUACAAUGAAUUGCACAAAUGACUGCAGCUCCAAAAAAAUGCAGUCCAUUCACUCUUCUGUCUGGUCAUCUCUAAGGGCUCAUGUACACGAAUGUGUGCACCCUGGGCUUGUGCUGCGUACCACAAAUAGUGGUCCGCAAUGCAUGGGCGCCGGCCGUGUGGCCCGUUGUUGCAGAUGCGGACACAUUCACUUGAAUGGGUCUGUGAUCUACAAGAUUUAGACCGCACCGCAACAUGUUUUAUUUUUUUCUUGCGGAUUGUGGACCCAAUCAAGUGAAUGGGUCCGCAUCUGCAAACAACGGCCACACAUAUUGCGGACCUGCUGUUUGCAUGUUCAUGUGCAUGAGCCUUAAGGUUGUUUGACCAAAGAUCACUGCAGUUUUGCACUGAGAUUUUUGAUUGCUCACAAUGCUAGUCGCUGACAGAGUCAUUAUGUAAUCCCAGCCUUAAUGCCAACCAGCAGCUACUACUCUGCAGAUCCAUUGGCAGAACACACAGACCUCUGUUUGCUCCAGCCUAUAUGUUGUAGGACUUGCAGAGAUAGGCCAGGACUACCUGGAAUAUCAUAGCAAUAUGCCAUAGUUUAAGUGACUGAGAAAACUCCAAAUUAUGUUUUUGUAUGUUUUUUACAUAAAUAAUUGUAGACUAAUAUAGUAAAUACAUUUUCA